GAGAAGCUAGAGAAGAGAUAACCAUCAUUUCUGUGGGAAAUAAAAGAACUAGCAAAGCCCCUGACUAAUUAAGUUUAUCUUGCAAUUACAAAAAUGUCGCAGUUGCUAGGCAAGGCCAAACAUUUUGUGGCAGAGAAGGUGGUUAAUGUCAAGACCCCAGAGGCUACCAUCACCGACAUGAAUCUGGAAAGCGUGCACCCAGACAGCAUAGACUAUGGUGCCAAGGUGUCUGUCAAGAACCCAUAUGGAACUACGAUCCCUAUUUGCGAGAUCUCCUACUCUUUCAAGAGCGGUGGCAGGAUGAUUGCAUCAGGGACAGUGCCAGACCCUGGCUCGUUGAAAGGGGACGACACAACGAUCUUAGAUGUGCCGAUGAAGGUGCCACACAGUGUGCUUGUGAGCUUGGUGAAGGACGUUGUUGGAGACGGUGAUAUAGACUAUGAGUUGGUGUUGGGUCUCACAAUUGACCUUCCUAUCUUUGGCAAUUUCACCAUUCCUCUGUCCAGGAAGGGUGAACUCAAGCUGCCUUCCCUCUCUGAUAUGUUUUAAUUCUCUCUUAGGUUGGAUCUGGAUCUGUUUUUCUAUUAUACUAAGGGAUAAAUAAAAUGGAAGUGUGUUUUUGUCCCGUACAA